UUCUUCUCCCCCUUCCCCCUCCACUCUUUACAACACUAUGGCGGACCAAACAGAAGUCGAUUUGGACUCUAUUAUCGAUAGGCUACUGGAAGUUCGUGGCAGCCGUCCUGGAAAACAGGUUCAAUUGUUGGAAGCCGAAAUUCGUUAUUUAUGUACUAAGGCCAGAGAAAUAUUUAUAUCGCAGCCAAUCCUGCUGGAGUUGGAGGCUCCAAUCAAGAUUUGCGGAGAUAUUCACGGACAAUACUAUGACCUUCUUAGACUUUUCGAAUACGGUGGAUUCCCUCCAGAGGCGAAUUAUCUGUUCCUUGGCGAUUACGUCGAUCGAGGGAAACAAUCCCUCGAAACUAUCUGCCUCCUCCUGGCGUACAAAAUUAAGUACCCGGAAAAUUUCUUCAUCCUUCGUGGCAACCACGAAUGUGCCUCCAUAAACCGUAUAUACGGCUUCUAUGAUGAAUGUAAAAGGAGAUAUAACAUCAAGCUAUGGAAGACAUUUACGGAUUGUUUCAACUGUCUGCCGAUUGCUGCUAUCAUCGACGAGAAGAUUUUCACUAUGCAUGGUGGCCUUUCCCCUGAUCUCAACUCUAUGGAGCAAAUUCGUAGGGUCAUGAGGCCUACUGACAUCCCUGAUUGCGGUUUACUCUGCGAUCUUCUUUGGUCCGACCCAGAUAAGGAUAUCACUGGCUGGAGUGAAAAUGAUCGUGGUGUCUCUUUCACAUUUGGCCCUGAUGUUGUCUCGAGAUUUUUGCAGAAGCAUGACAUGGACCUCAUCUGUCGUGCUCACCAGGUCGUUGAAGACGGUUACGAAUUCUUCUCCAAAAGACAGCUUGUCACCUUAUUCUCCGCACCCAAUUACUGUGGUGAAUUUGAUAAUGCUGGUGCGAUGAUGAGUGUUGAUGAGAGCCUGCUGUGCUCGUUUCAGAUCCUGAAGCCUGCUGAGAAGAAGCAGAAGUAUGUUUACGGUGGAAUGGGGACGGGCAGACCUGUUACUCCUCCUAGAAAGCAGAAGAAGAAGUGAUCGCGAAUUUGAUAUCCUUAUAGGAAAAUCGGUGCCAGCCUUCAAAAGUUGGUAUCGAUUUGAAAAUGGUGGGGAGCGGGGAGGGUGGUUGAGCGGGGUCCGGUGCGUUUUGCUAGAGGUUUUAAUUGAGGCAGUUCUCUUGCUUGGGGAAAACAAAUUAAGGGGGAGACAGAAUGUGAUGGGGGUUCAAAUGGGUAUUGUUGGAUCUGCAUAUCUUUGAUCCUGACGGGAAUCCCUAUUCUAUGAGAUGCUUUUUGUGCUUUGUGUUUGAGAAAUGAAAUGGAAUAUCGGUGGAUAAUGACUCCUUGCGGCAACAAAUUUGGGGAAUUUCAACCGAGGCCAUAGGGAGGGGAGGCGAAGGGGGGAAAAUUCGGUGAGAUGAAACCGGCUGGCACCCGGGUUCGCAACAAGCGUCUUAUAUAUAUGUUCCUGCGGCCAUGGGAGAACCUUUGUAUCGAUACUGGUGUCACAUCUAAACCAAAACCUGGGGAAUGAGACUCAACAUGGGAUUCAAUUCCUUUUUUCUUUUUCCUUAUCGCUUGUCCUGUUAUUCUUUCUUCUUAAGGUGUUGGAGAGGGCGGGAGUGCGCGGGGGGGUUAUUCUUAUGUUUUCUUUUUUUUCUUUUCCUGUUUUUGACUUGGUCUACUCCCUUCUCGCCCAUGUCGUUUUAUGAAUCCGUUGACGACCUCCCAUGAAACAAAAUUCUGGAUGAUAAUAUCAUUUGUCCUGCUCGCA